UAAUGGUCCGGGCCGUGAUGAGUGGGGGUAAUCCUUGAGGGGUGGUCCGGGGGAAGGGAGGCCACGCCCACGCCUUCCAGCCCCAGUGUCUCUCGAGACGUCGUCAGGUGCGGCCCGCGGCCGGUUCUGUGUUCUGGUGUUCUUCCAUCUGUAAUGCCCGUCAUGGAGACAGAAGAAACUGAGACGAACAACAACAACACCGCCCCGGCUAGGAAGCCUCUCAGGGCCGCCUCUUGGCACGAGCACGUAUACGCCAGUCCGCCCAAAACGCCGACCGCCCACUACAUCAAAGACAUUCUCGGAUGGUCCACCGAACAGCCUUUGAACCUCACCACCAGACAAUUCCGACCGCCUUCCACAGACAGCUACAAUAAACAAGUUCCGGAGAUCGUGAGUGGAACGGCUGUGAGCUCGUUACCCGGUUCGGCGCCGUGCGCACCCGCCCCCGCCUCGAAAAAGCGAAGCCGGAAGGACUCGCCGAGCUCCGACGACCGUUCUUCUGAAGAAGGAGAGAGGAAGAGGAAGAAGGCCAGGACCACCUUCACCGGCCGACAGAUCUUCGAGCUCGAAAGGCAGUUCGAGCUUAAAAAGUACCUCAGUUCCACGGAGCGGUCAGAAAUGGCCAAACUCCUCUCUGUCACGGAAACCCAGGUGAAAAUCUGGUUCCAAAACAGGAGGACAAAAUGGAAAAAGCAUGAUUCUGUGAGUACAGCGCCGAGCUCAACUGGAAAUUCCGAAAAUGCUCCUGGAGGGAGCACCACAGGUGCGGAAUCCUCAGAAGAAUCUUGCCUGAGCGAAGACAUCAAAGUUUCUGCUUCGCCUCCAAGGCCUUAGUCCUCUAGUCACGGUCAAAUAAUUGUUGUAUAUAAUAAAUAUGUAUAUAUGUGUGUAUAUAUUGUUUGGUGUACAUGAUUCUCUGUAUAUAAUAUUAAUACUAUUAUUUGACACAAAAAAAAUUAAAAAAAAAAAAAAACGUGAAAGGCACCAGAGGCCCCGGUACGUCUGUUACCUUUUCUCAUUCUGACACUUGGUGCCAUUUGUUUUUAUAUAAAAACGUUUGUCUUUUAAGCAUUCAUGACACAUAAUUCCCAACUUAUCAAAUGCUGAUAGAUCGAUGUCUUGUUUUUACUACAACAUUCAAAAAUUGAUACAUGUUACUGAAAAUGUAAGAAAUAAUAUAAACACAAAUAAAACAGGCUCAUCUUAAAAACAUUAUUAUUUUAUUUUUACAUAAUAGGAAGAGUAUUAAUAUUCUUGUUUUUGUCAAUAGAUUGUUCAAACAAAGAUGUAAUACUUUUGUUGUAAAUGAUGUUCCUAGCCAAAAUUUGUUUUCUUGGUCAAAAGUGUUUCCAUUGUAAUUCUAUUACUUUAAAAAGUAUAUUCAAAGUAUGCCAUUUUCUAUGGGCAUAAUUAACUGGUUGGUAAUGCUUUUUUGAAAAUAUUUUAAUUCAUUAUUGUUUAAAACAGGCCCAACAGCUUUGAUUCUGUACAUUUUAUUUCAAGUACCUUGAUUUUUAUAGUUGUUAUAGCGUUUUUGUUAAUUUUUAUUAUUACUUUUUUUUAUAUUGUUACUCAGUGUUUGCAUUUACAUUUUGUUGCAAAUGGAACAGUCACUUUUGUCAAAACCGGGGCAUAUUUUGAUUUGAAACUAUAAACUUUGUAAAAAGUAAAAGAGAAAACGAUUACAGGAAUAAAUUGUGAACACAAUAAUGCCCGAUUUAAAUGGGGAUGAAAUAAGUGAUUGUAUAUUUUGACUUUAUAAAAAAUUAAUAUAUAAAAGAAAAAGGUUAUUUGUAAAUAACUGCCAAAAGAACCUCAAAGGUGUUUUAUAUUUGCGUACUAAAAAUUUUCCAUUUUACCCUUUUAAGAAAAAUUAUAUUUUAAAAUUAUAAACAGAAAGAUAAUUAGGUAUAUUUUUACAAAUCUGGCUUUGUUUAGACGAAAAUUGACAUGUUUAAACCAAAAGGUGCAAAAGGUAAGUUAACCUCAAUUGUUUGAAACUCAAUAAUAAAUAUUAUUUGGAAAUUGUUUAAACUUGAUUUCUGUUUUUAUUUGGUUUCUUGCUCCUAUGUAGAUUUUGUUGCCGUUGAUGGUUGAAUGUUAUUACUUUUUAUUUUAAAAUAUGUCUAACACAGAAGGAAAUUAAAUAGACUUUCGAUUAAGUUUUUUUAAAAUCCAUUAAUGAUCUACAUUCCACAUAUUUUAUAGUUACAUUUUCUAAAUAAACAUCGAGCCAUACUAAGAAAGUUGAACUUUUUUCCAAGUAUAAUUUCUGUUGUGGAUUAACACUGUGUUCAAUUUUGAAACAUGUAAUUCGCUUGUUGAGAAUAGAAAAGAGUACAAUCAUU